CCUGCCUGACCGUACAGUCCAGUAUAUAUACAGGUGUAUCUUCCAGAGGGGUUCCUCUACAGUUUGGGUUACUACUGCAACAGAGAGAGGGAAAGAGGAAGAGAUCCAACUACGCUCAAAUAACCUGAGAAGACAGAUGAUGUUACCGGUGCUGGGCGUGUCCUUUCUGGCCCUGGUCCUAUCAGGAGGAGCCUGGGCAUUUGCUCCAAUCGGUGGCGGAGCCUCCACUCACGUCAGCAUCACGGGAACGGCCGUUCUACAGAAAGUCACAGAGGUGUGCCGAGCCAUUGCCGAGUCAGAGGGACGAGACUUCACCCCCACGGGUAACUCUGCUGAAGAGCUGGUCCAGGCCUGCCUGGGACCCAAAGCAACAGGUGAAGUGUCAGCAGCUAAGUUCAAAUCUGCCCUGAACGAGAUCUACGUACAGAACGGACAGGUGGACAGAGACUUUGUCAACAGCCCAGCCCAUCACUUUAACUCAGAGGCGUUUGCUGAGGGCCGGCGCCUUAUCACUGAUGGGGUGGCCAGCAUUAAGGCCAACGUACGAAAGGAAAACUUCCAGGCUGCCAGAGAGACACUGGGGAGAGUACUGCACACGCUACAGGACUUCUACAGCCACAGUAACUGGGUGGAUCUGGGAUACACUGAACCCUACGCAAACCUGAUCCGCCCCGAUCUCCCACUAGAAAACCUGGCAGAUGUCAACACCCCGACCUGCAGGGACUGUGCCAAUGGGGGGUUCUGUUCAAACUCCAUCCUGCCUAACAUCCUUAAUGAGAAGAAACUAACCUCUGGGUACAUGGGGAUCUUCUCCUCAGCUAAGCCUAAAGGUAAGUGUAGUCAUGGCGGUGCAGCUGACCUGACCAGCUCGGAGGUUCCUCGCGGGGGCAUCAGCAAGGACGAGCGUCGCUCCGACAACAUGGCCCUGCACACUGCUGCCGUCACCGUGGCAACGACCGCCACCCUCCAGCUGCUGGACGACAUCCGGGGAGCUGCCGGUGACAACGACUACCUACGCUUCAUGGGCAUAGCGCGUUCAUCAGUGGUUGCUUUUGUGAUCGACACCACAGGGAGCAUGAAGGAUGACAUCCUUGAAGCCAAGAGAGUCGUCAAUGAGAUCAUCGACAGCAAGAAGGGAACGCAGGAUGAGCCCUCCCAGUACAUCCUGGUCCCAUUCAACGACCCAGGGUUCGGACCCCUGAUAAGAACGACAAAUCCUGAUGUUAUGAAAAGAGAGAUCGCUAAACUCACAGCUACAGGAGGAGGAGACCUCCCAGAGAUGUGUCUAUCAGGGCUCCAGUUGGCGCUGACCGGUGCCCCUUCGUCGUCCCACAUCUAUGUUUUCACAGAUGCCGUUGCCAAGGACAUUGCGUUGAAGGACACCAUCGUGGCCCUGAUCAGGAGCACCAAGUCAACCGUGUCUUUCUUCAUGACUGGUGAUGGUGCUGGUGCUAGAAGGAGGAGGCGUGGGUUAGAGUCCAGGGCAGCUACAUUCGAGACCUACAAGGACCUGGCGGUGGCGUCUGGUGGUCAGGCCAUUGGAGUCACCAAGGAAAACCUGCCCCAGGCCACUGACGUCAUCAUCGACUCCUCCACCUCCGCUCUGGUGACAGUCCUACAGCGAGAGAGGAACCCAGGCAAAGCUGAGACAUUCUCCUUCCUGCUGGACGAGUCUCUGAACAACAUCACCAUCUACAUCACCGGAAAGGCCCUCACCUUCACCCUGAAGAACCCUUCAGGUGUGACCCAGAAACAGAACGAGGCCAAUGGUAAACUGGGGACCGUCCAGACGGUGGGCAACCUCUUCCGGAUUCGUCUGGCCUCCAACAAACAGACAGGAUUAUGGGAAAUCAGCAUGAACUCCAACCAGCCUUACACACUGAAGGUCACGGGUCAGAGUACCAUUGCCUUCAUUUAUGACUUUGUGGAAACCUUCGAGGGACCUCACCCAGGAUACGCCCUCAUCUCUGGCCGUCCAAAAGCAGGUAUGCCUGCCAUGCUGUUGGUAUCAGUGUUGGGCAGAAAGGGCCCAGCCUCUGUCAAAGUGGCCGACAUUGCCUUGGUGACAGCUUCAGGGUCAGUGGUCGUAGGCGGGGCCCUGGAAGACAUGGGCAACGGGGACUUCCUGGUUACUGUAACCAAGGUCCCUGCGGGGGAGUUUGUGGUGCUGUUGAACGGGACAGACGUGGUUUCCUCCACCAUGUUCCAGAGACAGUCCACCACUCAGAUGUCCAUCUCCAAGGUUACCAUCAAGGCCGUGGUGGACAGAAGCAUGGAGCCUGGUAAAGCCUUCAGCCUUCCCUUCACCGUCAUGACCGACGCCACUGGAGGCACCUACAAAAUCAGUGCCAGAAACGACAGAGACUUCAAGAUGAACGUCCCCAACAGCGUCACUGUGGCCACCGGAGGAAACACCACAGGGGUACUGACCAUCACGGUGCCCGCCAACACACCCUCAGGAACGGACGUCACCCUGACCAUCGAGGCAGUGGCCCCCGGGGCGGUCGACUCCAACUACGCCGUCCUGCGCCUCUCUGUUGUCACCAAGGUGACAGAUUUCACCCCUCCCCUGUGCGAGGUGGUCAGCGUCUCAGUGGACGACUGCCCAGCUGACCCAGCAGCCUGCAGCUCCGCUUUCUGGCAGCUCUCUGCCAACCUGACCGACGGCAUCAAAGGCACCGGUAUCGCCAGCCUCACACACCGCCAGGGCGUGGGCAGCCUCACCCACACGGACCUGAAUCAGACGGUUGUCGCGGCAGCGUUCAACGCUUCUUGCUGCUCUUUGACAGUGGAGCUGGUGGCGUUGGACAAGGCCAUGAACGUGGGCACCUGUCUAUACACCAAGGUGACAGAUCUCACCCCUCCACAGUGUGAGGUGGUCAGCGUCUCGUCGGUCGAUUGCCCCGCUGACGCAGCAGCCUGCAACGGCUCCUUCUGGCAGCUCUCUGCCAACCUGACCGACGGUGUCAACGGCACCGGUAUCGCCAAUCUCACACACCGCCAGGGCGUGGGCAGUCUCACCCACACGGACCUGAAGCAGACGGUUGUCGUGGCAGCGUUCAACGCUUCGUGCUGCUCUCUGACAGUGGAGCUGGUGGCGGUGGACAAAGCCAGGAACGUGGGCACCUGUUUAUACACCACCAAGGUGACAGAUUUCACCCCUCCCAAGUGCGAGGUGGUCAGCGUCUCGUCGGACGACUGCCCAGCUGACCCAGCAGCCUGCAGCUCCUCCUUCUGGCAGCUCUCUGCCAACCUGACCGACGGCGUCAACGGCACCGGUAUCGCCAGCAUCACACACCGCCAGGGCGUGGGCAGUCUCACCCACACGGACCUGAAGCAGACGGUUGUCGCGGCAGCGUUCAACGCUUCGUGCUGCUCUCUGACAGUGGAGCUGGUGGCGAUGGACAAAGCCAGGAACAUCGGCACCUGUCUGUUUUCCAUAGUCCCCAACGCGGGACCGCCCUCCCUCGCCCUGUCCCUUCCGCUGUUGGUGUGUCUGCUUGUCUCUGCCCUCUUCACAACGUCCCUCAGAGACCUACUUAUUUGAUCUAAUGCUGCGUUCAUAAUCAAGUGGGAAUGUGGAAAUGACCAGUUGUGAAGUGCAUUCACGUGCUUUGAACUUGUUGAGAACCGCUGAUUGGAUAAAUGUACAGCCAGCAAUGCUUGAAACUAAUUAUAGUGUUCAAAAACCAUAAUAAUAGAUUGCUUUUUAUAAAUGUUUUGUUGCAUGUAACUGCCGAAAAUGCUGUUAUCACGUUCAUUUCCUUAGCAGGUGAGGUCAGAGGUCAGCAUGUGGGAGAAGUUGUAGCUCAGGGAUGAUAGACUAGUUAUUACCAGUUGGAGGGGCGUUCAAGUGGAUUUUCCUAUGUGGUAAAUACCACCUUCCCACCUGGUUAUGAUAAAAGGGUAAGGCUCAUGUAUUGACUGUCUGCCAGAAACUGCCUCUUAAAGUUAAAGGUUACGUUCCAGGCCGACUAUAUCUUUGCGUGAAUGCUUUGCGUGAUACAUCAUCGACGGCGCAAUUGUGCAUCAGAUUGCUAUAUGAUGUGGAAAGCUGAUAUGUUAAACACCUAUCCACAUGUGAAAUCUGGCAGGUGUCUGCAAAGUAGUCAGCCUGGAACAUGGCCAAAGCCACCAUGAAAAUGAAUGUCCCUUUUGUAAAAAAAAGUGCCAACAGUACUCUCUCUUGGCACUUUCUCAACAUGUUAUUUGCACUGUAAGAUGUUUCAAUUUUUGUAGCAUAAUCUAAAUCUCUAGUUUACAUCUGUCAUGAAUAAAAAGCUCUGCUUUC